GAGCAUGGCAUCUCACAUGGGACAGCACAGCCCUGCCCUCACAACCCAGCCUCAAGAUCAACAGGGGCGACAGCGUUUUCAUUUUGGCCCCAAGAGCCAACUGUUGUCACCUGAUGAAGGAGAGUCUGCAGGUGUUUUCUUAAAAAAAAAAGUCCCAUCUUCUCAUCUCAUGCUCAGUCGUUGGAUGUAAGUCUUUCCUCUGCUCGGCCAUGACUGCUUCAACUUUCUCUAACCUUGGCUCUGUCAACACCCUGAAUGUCGCUCUUCUUGUGGUGACUGGUUUGAGCUGGAGUAGUCCCAUUAAGCCUGCAGAAAACCAGCACUGGAUGUCGUUUGGUGUUAAUGGGCGCCACGAGCCGCUUUUCAACGCACAGGACCUCCUAAGCCAGUUUCUGUCCACACUAAACCUCACCAGGCUGAGGUCUCAGACCAGGGGCCUCACUGGUCCUCAGGAGCCACUGCCAGAGUUCAUGCUGGAGCUCUACAAUCGAUUUACCAAUAACCGCACCGCCGUACCGUCUGCAAACAUUGUACGCAGUUUCAAGAAUGAAGAUUCCUCCCUCUCCACUGUAAGAGCCCUGGGUGUUAGGAUUUAUCCCCUCCUGUUCAAUAUCACCAUACCCCAUCACGAAAGCAUAACGGUAGCUGAGCUUCGCCUCUUCACUCUGAUCCGGAAGGCCCAGAAACCCCAUCCUGGCUUUGACUGCGAGGUGACAAUCUACAAAAAGCAUGAGGGUGUUGUUUGGACCAAAGAGGUGGGGAAAGAAGUGAGAGGGAGGGAUAAAGAGGAGGUGGUGGGGAUGGAGGACUUGGAGGAACUGGUGACAAAGCACAUCCACGUCAAAGAUAACAGCUGGGUGUCAUUUGACCUCACUCAUGUGGUUUCACUUUGGAGGAAGUCAGGCCGAGCAGCUCACAGACUGGAGGUUCACGUCGCACGUCUGGAGGACAGAAGCCUGGCUGAGAUUGAUAUUGACAGGAACUUGGAGGGGCAGCACAACACAGUAUUGAUUGUAUUCUCAGACGAUCAAAGCAGAGAGCCCAAAAAGGACAGGCAGGAGCUCAAACAGGUGAUUAAACAUGAGAAUAACCUCAAGGCAAAUGUGGGACAGAGCCACCAUCCUUUCAAGGGGCACGCAUAUGACCAACAGUCAGUCACGGAGUUUCAGUCCAACCAUAUCUAUGACACACCUCCUCGAAUCCGGCGCAGUGCUAAGAGCCAGUCGUGCAGGAGGACGCCUCUCUUUGUGGAUUUUAAAGACAUCGGCUGGGACAGUUGGAUAAUUCAGCCUCUAGGCUACGAAGCAUACAAGUGCAACGGCGUGUGCAACCCGCCUAUGACCUCCGAGGUCUCUCCAACCAAUCAUGCCAUCGUGCAGACGCUGCUGAAUUUGCACAGCCCUGACAGGACAUCGCGCGCCUGCUGUGUGCCCACAAAACUGGAGCCGAUCUCCCUCCUCUAUCAUGAUAAUGGAGUGGUCACUUUUAAUCACAAGUAUGAGGGAAUGGUAGUAGCAGAAUGCGGCUGCAGAUAGUAUCUCAUAAUGAUAGAGACUGGGAGCUGAACAUCUAUUUAUCUAUAUUACACACUUGUUUUGCUUUCACAGACGUGAAUUUAAGACAGUGGAGUUAGUUGUACAUUAGAGAUGAAGACAGUAAUGUGAAUAUUCUAUUGUAUGAAAGAGACAAGUAUAUUUUUGCAUGAUUUACAACAAAACAAAAAUUGUGAGCAGAAUUGGAGCUAUCCAGCUGUACAGUUUUGAGCCAGAUGCCAGCUCAUUUCAUUCAAUUUUAUUUAAUUUAUAUAGCCCAAUAUAACAACAAGAGUCAUCUCAAUUGGCUCAUACCGGUAAUUAGUCAUCUCCAAGUGGAUGCAUCAGAAUGAAGUGGAGCAGGGAGCUUGUGGCUUGCAGUAGUAACUUGUGCGUCACAUUUACAACCUUUUUUAAGUGGCAUUUUUUCUUCUGCUCCUACUUCACAAUAAUUUGAAUAAAAUAAAUACUCAGAAAUGCAAUUAUAAAACUAAUUUUCCUUAUAUAUGUCAUCCAUCAUUAGAAAAAAAAUGCCACAAUAACAUGUUAAAAACACUAUUUUCAUUGGAGUCUGUCUUUACGUUUUUUCCGAUUGUUUUGCAAAGUUCUUCCACAUUGCAGUUCCUUGCUGGAAGAAUUUUAAGACAAACAUGGUGGUCUACAUCCUUUUGCUGAUAAAGUUAGAUCUGUGUCAUUAGAGAAAUUACUGAUCUUUGUCUAUUUAUAUCUGUUUUUUUCUCUCUCCACACAUCAGUGGAUAGGCUGUAAAAUAAAAUAUCUGAAAGCAAACAUGUU